AUGGACAUAUAUGGUGUGUUGCAUCCCUGAAGCCUGGUGAGUGAGGAGAUAGGGUCUCCUUAUUAUGACAAUGUCCGUCCACUCUCCUACCCAGACUCUGAUGCUGUCCUGAUCUGCUUUGACAUCAGUCGACCAGAAACUCUUGACAGUGUGCUAAAAAAGUGGAAAGGGGAAAUCCAGGAGUUCUGCCCAAACACCAAAAUGCUCUUGGUUGGCUGCAAGUCAGACCUACGCACAGAUGUCAGCACACUGGUGGAGCUCUCCAAUCACAGGCAGACACCUGUGUCCUAUGAUCAGGGUGCAAAUAUGGCCAAACAGAUUGGAGCAGCCACAUACAUUGAAUGCUCAGCCUUACAGUCAGAAAACAGUGUCAGAGACAUUUUCCACGUUGCCACCUUGGCUUGUGUGAACAAAACAAACAAAAACGUGAAACGAAACAAAUCUCAGAGGGCAACAAAGCGAAUUUCACACAUGCCUGGCAGGCCUGAACUUUCCACAGUGGCCACAGACUUGAGAAAGGACAAAGCAAAGAGUUGCACAGUGAUGUGA